AGAGAGAGAGAAAGAGAGAAAAAGAGAAAGAGAGAGAGAGAAGAGAGAGGAUAGUCACCAUGGCAGGAGGAGUGGUGGUGGUGAUGGUGGUGGUGAUGGUGGUGGUGAUGGUGACUGGUGGUGCUAUGGAGGGGUGCGGCUGCUCAUCACACGAAACAGAUGUGGAAUACUGGAAGAGGGAGAUGAAGGAAGAGAUAAAGAAGGCGAAGGAGAGAGAGAUAAACGAAGGAAUAGCGAAAAACGUGAUAGUAUUUAUAGGAGAAGGUAUGGCGCCCGUGACAGCAGCAGCGAGGGCGUACAAGGGCAGGUGACAGGGGUGGGGGGGGAGGAAUACCUUGAGUGGGAGAGAUUUCCUUACCUGGGCGUGCUGAAGACAGCGGGCCAGGACACAGCCGCCGCCGCCACAGCAAUGAUGGGCGGCGUGCGGGCGUGGGGCGGCACCGUGGGCGUGGCAGGGGUGGCCAGGGGUGACUGCGCCGCCGCCCUCAAGAUAGAAAAUAGAGUGUCUUCUAUUGUGGACUGGGCGACGGAGGCUGGCAUGGCUACUGGCUUCAUCACAACAAGAGCCAUAACCAGUGCCUUCCCCGCCUCCCUCUACGCCAAGUCCGCCCAUCAUCACUGGCACUGCACCACGCCCACAGUGCCAGAGGGGGUGCCACGGUGCAAGGACAUAGGGACCCAGCUGGUGGAGGAGGACCCGGGCAGAAAAAUCAAGGUCAUAAUGGGAGGAGGAAGAAGAAUACUCGGUGCAGAAGAAGAGGAAGAGGAGGAGGAGGAGGAGGAGGAGGAGGAGAGUGGCUGCAGAAGGGAGGAUGGGAGGAACCUGGUGGAGGAGUGGAGGAGAGGGAAGGUGGAGGAGGGAGGGACGCCUGCUUAUGUUACCUCCACUCAUGAAUUAAUGUGGAGAAAUCUUUGCAACAACGACCACUUACUGGGCCUCUUCGCCCCGGGGGACUUGCCAUACGCCCUUGACAGGCAGCGAGGCCCGUUCGGCACUCCCAGUUUGUCCCAGAUGACACUCAAGGCACUGGCACUGUUAGAGAGAGAAGAAAAUGGUUACUUCCUAAUGGUACACCACGGCCUCAUCAACAAGGCACUGCAGGAAAACAGACCUAAAGACGCUCUACAGGAAGUGCUAGAAUUGGAAGAUGCAUUAUUAUUAACCAAGGAGCGAGUUGACAUGAUAGAGACGCAGAUAUUGAUAGUUAGCAGUGACCUCUUCCUUUUGACCUCCAGCGCUGCCCCUCCACGACACCAGGAUAUGAUUGGAACAAAGAGGGAUGAUGCAGCGAACACACACCAGCCCGGCAGUGGAGGCGGCGUGGUGCAGUUGGAGGGGCUUGUGGAGACUAGAGUGGACGGAAAUGUGUCGCGCCUUCACCUCAAAGACACCACUAUACAUGUUGCAGGUCCAAUGAGUCAGCUUGCUGUUGGUGUACACGAAAAUACGUACAUAGCGCACAUGAUGGCCGCCGCUGCGUGCGUGGGGCCGUACGCACACGAAUGCACGCAAACACGCACACGCACACGCACACACACAUCCACACAUACCUGGAAACACACACGCAAAUCAUACCACACACACGCACACACCUGCAAACACCACACAUGCACACACGCAAAAUGA